GUGUUCCUGCUGAACGUGUUGCUGGUGAUUCCGUGGAUGAACUUUUGCGCAAUGUUGAAAGUGGAGGAUGUGUUGAUGAACAUCUGCAGGAUCAGUUAAUAAUAUUUAUGGCUCUGGCUGCUGGGAAGUCAAGAGUGAGAUCAGGUCCACUGACCAUGCAUACAAAAACAGCCAUUCACAUUGCAGAAUUGGUCACCAAGGCAUCAUUCACCGUUACACCAUGUGGUACAGACAACAGCCCUGAGACAUUUCUGAUAGAAUGUGAUGGUAUAGGAUUGAUAAAUGAGAACAUAUUUGAAUAAAAUACUUUUAAUAAAUUCUUUAA